UCUCUGACAACCCAAAUGAAGAUUAUACACGGAGAAGCAAGGCUGGCCUCUGGCCUGGCCUGGAUUCUGCCCUACACAGAAUGCACAGACUGGAGUAUUUGGCUGCCCGUUCUAGAGGCUGGGAGGCCUGAGCGCGUGGUGGCAUUGGUGAGGGCCACCUCGUGGCAGAAGGGCAAGAAGACACAUGAGACAGAACGGGGACCCAAACGUGACCCUUCUAUUACCUACACCACCCCCAAAAUAAGGGCCUUCAUGCAUUCCUGACAGCAGUGCCUCAUUACCCAAUCACCUUUGCAAGGUCCCGCUUCUCAGCGCUGCUGCCACGGCAGUGAGAGUCCAAGGGGUUCUGGGGAGCGGUCAGACCACAGUGCUGUCCCAGUUGGCUCAGCCCUGGGCACCAUCCACCUGGUCAGAACAGGGUCCCACAGCGACCUGACUGCGUGGGGCGGCGUGCUCCCGGCGUGUGUCAGAGUGGAGGUCCGGAGGUCGCGGUGCAGGGCAGCUGCACUUUGGCCCUGUUCAGUGACACGUCAGUUACUGCCUAAAGCUGAAGUCAGGAAGUAGGGAUGUACGUCUUCGAACUUGGAGCAAAGAAAUGGUUACGAGGGAUUACAGCUGGCCCCGGAGCGCGGGAUCGACCACAGGACCACCACCAUCCUACUGGACGGCCGGAGGGUCAAGCUGCAGCUCUGGGAUAUGUCAGGGCAGGGAAGAUUCUGCACCAUCUUCAGCUCCUACUCGCGGGAGCGCACAGGGCGUGAUCUUGGUCUAUGACAUCGCAAACCGCUGGUCUUUUGACGGCAUUGCCCAAUGGAUCAAGGAGAUCGAUGAGCACGCCCCCGGCGUCCCCAGGAUCCUGGUGGGGAACCGUCUGCACCUGGCAUUCAAGCGGCAGGGGCCCAGGGAGCAGGCCCAGGCCUAUGCUGAGCGCCUGGGCGUGACCUUCUUCGAGGUCAGCCCUCUGUGCAACUUCAACGUCAGGGAGUCCUUCACAGAGCUGGCCAGGAUCGUACUGCUGCGGCACGGGGUGGACAGGCUCUGGCGGCCCAGGAAGGGUAGGGGGCAGGCCCAGGACGCCAGCGUUGAGGCUUUCCCGCGGCCUCCCGCGCGCCACGUUCCCGAAGGGUGAACGUGUCUAAUGAGAGGGGACCGGUAUUUGGGCUGUCAGGAGGCGCGUGGGCAGAGGUGCAGGCGGGACUGAGCCACAGCGACAGCUGGACCCCGGGGUGGGCCUGGGCGGGGCCGA